UAUCUAUCUUCUGCUUCGUCUCAGUAUUAUUAAAUUUUCUUUUAAAACAUUUUUUUAAUUUGUCUCUAUAAAAGUGGAGCCGGAUAGCGUCUUUGAUCUCCACAUUCUCAUUUCUUUCUUUCUUUCAUUACCUUAAGGCUUUCAAAUCUUAUUCCAUCUCAACCCCCUUUUUUGUUGGGUUUCUUUCAAAGAAGAGUUUACCAGAUUUUCCAUUAAGAAAAAAUAGCUCCUCUGUUCAUCAAGUUUGCGUAAAAGAGACUUCUCAACUAGCUGGCUCGAAUGGAAAUUUUGGAAUUAUCGUUGGUUGAAUUUUCAAGUUUCAACAACUGAAUAAUGGAGGGUUUUGCAAUUUUCCUAAAUAUAUAGGGCUUCAACUUUCUUCAGAGUUUGGCAUCAGAUGGCCAUUGGGCAGUACUUUGAAGAAGCUGUAGCUCAUAACCAUUUAAGUGGAGAAGGUAAAAAUUCCUUGAAGAAGAGGAAGAAUUCACCAGAUUCAGUUACAGGUUCAGAGGACAGUCCCUCCGGCGGUUUUGACUGCAACAUCUGCCUGGAAUCUGUGCAGGAUCCAGUGGUGACACUUUGUGGUCACCUAUAUUGCUGGCCCUGUAUUUACAGAUGGCUUCAUUUUCAGACAAUCUCCACCGAAAACCAAGACCAGAAACAGCAGCAAUGUCCUGUAUGCAAAGCUGAAGUUUCAGAUAGCACACUUAUACCUCUUUAUGGCCGGGGCCUGUCCAGUAAGGCAUCAAGAGGCAAGACCCCCCAAUUGGGUAUAGUCAUACCAAAGAGACCUCUUGGUCCUGCUCUUGGAGUUGGUACACCAAGAUCACCUAAUGCUUACACUAGUCCGCAGUUUUCACAGCAAAUACAUCACCAUGGUUAUUCAUAUCAACCACAAAUGUACUAUUCUGAAGAGGGCGGUUAUCCAGCUUCACCGAUGCUUAGUCCUGGUGGCAUGAUGAUAAAUGCACUGGAUCCGGUGACCCGAAUGUUUGGUGAAAUGGUAUAUGCAAGGGUAUUUGGGGACUCUAUUACAAAUUUAUAUACUUAUCCAAAUUCAUACAAUCUUGUGGGGAGCACUAGUCCUAGGAUCAGAAGGCACGUAAUGCAAGCCGAUAAGUCACUCAGCCGAAUAAGUUUUUUCCUCUUCUGUUGCAUACUCCUCUGUCUUCUUUUGUUCUGAUCUUCUACUUCCCUGCUUCUAUUCCCCAUUUUAAACCUGUAGAAAACAAAAAAUAUACAAAUUCUGCUGGAUGUACUAAUAACUUAAGAGAUGUUGCAUGUGAUCCUGUGCUGCGAUAUAGCGCUUAUAUGUAAUUAUGAGUUCUGUGCACCUCUUGUUCUGUAGAUAUGGCGCCAGUUCUACUCCGAGAUUUAAAACCAAUAAUCUCGUGACGUAUUGGCAAUUAGAUAACUGCAAGGAUAUUCAACAAAAAAUGUAUCUUGUACAGUGUGGCCAACCAAAGUUGAUUCAGAGCUUAAAAUUCCCUAUGGAAUAUUUCAAUGA